AUGGCUGCAUCUUCUUCAGCACCACAGCCGAAGUGGGCAAUGGUUGACACAACUCUCCCAGCUCGUCCGCUACCGCUCAACUCCAGUAGAGUCCCCGUCAAGACGGAUCGCUUGAUAAUCCGGGCUCUCGAUGCUCAAGAUCUUGAAGGCCUGCACUUGAUCCGCACUCAGCCCGAAGUCAUGGCCAACAACCCCCAGGGGCGGAUAGACAGAGACCUAGAGGAAACACGCCCAAAGCUCAACCUGUUCCUGCCACCCAAAGAUCAAUCGCAUUACGACUUUGCUGUCUGUCUCAAGGAGACUGGAGAGAUGAUUGGUAUCGGAGGCUGUCACCAGUUGAAGUCCAUGUUUGGCUGGCCUGCCAUGGGAUACAUGUUUCGCAAGGAAUUCUGGGGUAAAGGACUCGCGACUGAGUUCACCCGGGCAUGGCUGGACAUGUGGUGCAAAUUGCCCCGGGAAGAGGUUCAUAUUGAAGUUGAUCAACGGAGCAUCCCAAACGAAGAGGGGGAGGUGUUGGAGGUUAUGACGGCCUUUACAUCUGCGGAAAACCUUGCCAGCCAGAAGGUGCUUGAAAAAUCAGGCUUUGAGCGGUUUCUGACGUGGGAGGAGGCCGACUUGAGGAAUCCGGACGUUCGUAUCACUCUAUUGGCAUAUCGAUACUUUCCGAACAAGCAUAUGGCCAACUGA